AUGGUUGAAGAGGAAGAUGUCUUAAAAGCACAAGAAGAUGGUUUGAAUGCUGACAUAAUUGAACUGAAGGCUCAAAUUGAAGAGAAUGAACUGGUCCAUGGGAUUCCUUCCAAAGGAAUGAGUUCUGUGUAUAUACCGAAAGAUCCAGAUCACUUUCGUCGAGAGAGGAAGUACAUAUUACAGAGGACACUGCAGGUUCUUGAACCACAGCCAAUACUACUUCAGGCAGACCUAAUGAUGAAAGAGCUUGAUGCAUGUUCGAGGCGUGAGUAUACAGAAAAAUCCCUUCCAAUUCUUUUGCACCAAUAUUUUAUUGAUAGGAUGUAUCAACUAGUAGUACUGAAGCAUUCUCAUUUGUUAAGAUGGAAACGCUAUUGUUCAUCAACUGCUGCUGUUGAGUCAAUAUAUUCAGAAUACCUUAAAAGGCUGGAGCAGAUAACAAAGGAAUACUUGGAUGCUAGCUCUAGGGCUCAUCGACUCGCUUCUACCAGAGAAGGAUUAUUGGCGAGUUCUGAUUACGGUAUUGAAGACGUAACUGUAGAAGAUUAUCAGAUCUAUUUACGGCAUAUGAUUAGUCAUUUGCAGUCACUGUCGUACGUUAACCAAGUUUUGAGCAUAAUCAAAUGGUUCCCUUAUUCUCAUAGGGACAAGAUUAAAGAAAGCUUAAAAAAAAGUAAAACAGGUAGUGUAACGGAGGUGAAUUUGUUCAAUGAUCAAAGUCCAUACGAUCAAGGUAUGCUUAUGAAAUCUUCAAAAGCGGAUGAAAAAGUCAAAGAUAAUAAGCUUAGUGCUAGCCGUAUAGUAUCAAAUUAUUCUUAUACGGAUACAGAUGAUCUACCUCUUUCUGUACAAAAAGAUAAAAGAAAACAGAAUGAAAAUGAAGCAACCAGUGAAGUUACAGACAAUUUUAACAAUAAUCAAUUAAAUAGAAAUAAUGAGAUCAAUACACCAAAUGAAGGUAGAAAUGUGAAAAUGAAAUCAGUUAAAUUUGCAAGUGAUAAAAAUACAGUGAAUAUUCAAAAGAGACAGACAGUUACUGAAAAUACGCAAUCUUCUCAACAACCUCAAUGUCAUUUUCGUUUUGCUGAAUAUAUUCCACAAACAUCAGUUAUGAAUGUCAAUGGUCUAUUAUUACCAAAUAAAACUAAUUUACUAUUGGCUGCUACUGGCGGUGGAAUUGUUAGCAAUGAGAAGACAGUUGGUCUACCAGUACAUAUUAAUGAUUUAGAAUCACUACGACCGUAUUUAGUAAUAUUUUGUCAUGCAUAUAAUAUUCAAAUGAACAUUAGUUCUAUACAUUCAUCAGCAGAUGAAAUGGAGUUAUUCUCUGUGAUUAAUCGUAGAUUUCGGCAUAUUUUCAAUCGUCAAGAUGAAAUGCUCAACUUUCGUACAUAUGAUCAUACAAAGACUGUUAAUGAACGUUGGUGUUUAGACACUUGGAUACAUGCCUUGAAAAAGACAAGUAAUUGGUUACCAUUUAUAAAAUUAAGACCAAAGCGAGAUGAAUAUCUCGUAAGAAGUACAAUGGAAUUAAGAUAUAAUACAAAAAUAGAUGAUCUUCUACUGGCAGCUUCUAAUUUUUUAAAAAUACGGUCAACAGAACGUGUACAAAGUUCACUACGUCAUCAUGCAAUGCUUGUUCAACAUCCGCCUAUGAUACACACAGCUUCGGUUGUAUCACAUAAACAUGGACAAAGUACUGUUGAAAUCUUCAAGAAAAUUUAUACAAAUCCUGAACUGUAUUCAAGCUCCUUUGGAUCAACUGAAGAUGUUAAGAAUAUACAUGAUGAAUAUGAUUUUGUUCAAACUAUGCAAAUGUUAGGCUUAGAUGAUACUGGUAGUGGUAAAGAUGAUUCAACUAGUGUACAAGGUGCCUACUUGUCAUUCCUACAUUUAAGACAUUUGAAAUUACGAGAUUUAAUGCGUACAUGUAUAUCUGUUUUGAAUUAUUUUCGUACAGUCGAACGCACGAGUCCACCAAACCAUCGAGUUGGUAUAGACGGUCAAGGUCAUCAAGGAGGUGGAGGUACACUGAACACUCAUGGUUAUCUCUUUAAUACACCUCAUGAAUUUAAAGUUAAAGAAGUUGAAUUUAUGCAGUUUGCUGAAGUAGAAAAUCACGAUGACUUCUAUUAUCAUGAAGAGGAGAGAAUACAUGUACGCGAUCAAAUAGGCUAUUGGAUUGUCUACGAUUGUGCAUUAGAUGAUUUCAGAGAACUUGAACGUGAUUUACUUUUGAUUGCCACAUCGUUUAUACAAAAGGAUAAAAUAGUUACUGUAUCUACUAACUUGAAACGAAAUGUGCCAAAUACACCCAGAUAUGGAGAAGAUCUCGAUAUUGCUAUGUAUGCUCACUGUCAGGUAGAUCGAUUUGGUGUAUUAUAUGAUAUUUGGUCGAAUGAAACUGCUUUUCAAGAGGCUAAGAAACGUUUAUUGGAUAUUUAUUUAGAAGCAUAUAACCAUGUGAUAUCAAGGGAUAGUAGACGAUUGUUGGCACAAACGAUGACCGAUUUAAUGUAUAAGAGGCCAAGAAUUGAUUUCAGUGAAAAUUAUUUUGUUACAGCCUACAGAUAUGAAUGUGCUAUUCUAAGGCAACGUACAGAAAUAAUGCGAUCAGUUCUUACUCAUCAGAUUUUAAAUGAACGUGAAUAUUUGAAAAAGGUGAGCACUGACAAAUCAGAAUAUGGACUGCCACCACCAUUGAUAGAGAAAUUUUUGAUUGCUUCAAGUACAGAUGAGCCAGUUUUAUGUCCUGUUCAUCUAUUAGAAUUUCACCCAUCAUUGGCGUGUACACCAAGUUUAAUUGAAGGAAUUGAUGAAAGCGUACGUAUAGCUUUCAAUAUAUUCACACCUGAAAGUCAAAUUGAACGUGUUAUUCUUGAGAAAAAUUUUUUUGAUUACCUUAAAUAUGAAAUUGAUACAUUGAAACCAUUAGGUGCAUCAUAUACAGCGCAAAUUCAACGUGAUCUGUUUUCAUCCUAUCUCAUUGAAGAUGCAAUACAAAUGUCAGAAUUGUGCAAUCAAUACUUAUUUUCUGUACAACAGCGUAAUUCACGUGGUGAUAAGAAGGCGCGUCAAAUUUUCUUAUUAAAUGAAUUAGGUCGUUUGUUAGACUUAAUUACUGUUCGACAUCGGUUAAUUGAUUGUAUGUGGGAGUGUGAAGUACUAUCGAAAAUCUACUUAAAUUUAUCAAAUCGAAUGGGUUAUAAUGAUUUUCAUUUAUUUAUUCGACCACUACAAUUUGAAUCAGCAAAGUAUAAAGAAGGCGCUGAUGAUUUAAGACCUCCAGCGUAUAUUACAGCUAUACAAGAUGAUGAUUCACCAUUGGAUAAAUAUUUACCUUCUGCUCUACCACUCGCUAUUCAUGAAUUAGAUGAAACUCAUGUUGGAAAAUUUUCAUUUCGUGGAAAAGCUACAAUUAUGGAGAUGCUAGAAACAAGGGGUGUCGAAAACCUGCUAAUCACGUUGAAAGUUCAAACAGCCCAUAAAAAUGGUUUGAUUGCUUCAAUUAUAUUAGCUUAUAAUGCAUGUCCUGCAUUCUAUACGGCUCAUGCUCCUAAAGUCAAAAAUGGUGUAAUUCAAUCGAAAAAUACUGGAGUUAAUUUGAUGAGUUAUAAUGGUCUGAGUGGCAUACAAGUGGGUCCAACACCCUUAGCUCUUGAAAGAUCAACUCAUCAAAAGAAUGCAGAUUAUCAUCCAGAAGCAUAUUUUUCUAUCCAGUUAGAAAAGGGACCUAGUCGAGAUAGAAUGCAGAAUGCAUUUAUAAAGAGGACACAAGGUGGAGGUAUUGCUUCAUCUAAAAGUACUGUGGAAAGUGAGAAAAUGAAACGUGAACUUCUGUCACAGUAUUGUCAAGAUUUCGGUGAACGUACACAACAAGCAUCACUUAGAGCACAAAUUAUUGCAACUUACAGCUCCAUAAUGAUCAUACUCAAAAGUGUACCAACUGUUUCUGAAGAAUUCUUCAUUAUUGGUUAUGCAUUUGAAAAGAAGUCGUCUGAAGAUGAUCUUGACACAGAAAAUACUAAUCCAAGAUCUCUACGUAGUCGUCCUCGUCGUGUAUUAUCUACAGAUGGAACAAAAUUUUAUAAUCUCUGGUUUCUACCACAUUUUAUUGAAGUUUUAUUCGUUUUUCGUCAUCUGGAUGAUGAAGCCUGUACAAAAGCAUUACGUCAUAUGGCAAGAAUAGCUCGAGCUUUACAUGAUAUUUUGCACUAUUUAGUUGCAUACGCUAGACUGGGGAUAAGUUCAUCACGGAUAACCCCUGAACAACGUCAUCGGAUAAUAGCUACGUCUGACAGGAAAAAUAUAAUGACAGCUGAAGAAUCUGCAUUAACUACAACAGAAAUACUUGCUUCACAACAACCAACCCCAAAUUUGAUAUCAGCUGGUACAACUGAAACUAUGUCGUUGGCGCUAUCAUCACCAGCCAGUUCUGUUACACCAAUAGAUAUAAAUAUACAACGUCGUAGUCUUGUUGUUGAUCAGUCAGUAGCCACAGAAUUAAGGGAAAUCCAAUACCAAAUAAAUCGUUUACCAGACUCAACAGAUCCCGAACAAAUCAUUCAACUUUUAUGCCUUCGACGUGAUACAAUGUUCUUAAAGUUUGAUGUUUGUAUACGUACUGUACUGGGGGAAACAUUUCUAGCUGCUGGUAAUGAAGAUGCGUAUAAAGAACUGAAAGAAAACAGUCAUAUCCCAUUGUCUGAGUUGUCCAAUGUUCAACGACGAUGUGUAAAUGCAAUCGAUUUAUGUGUACCAGAACCAAUGGAACCAAGAGAUGAUAUAGCGCAAUCAAUACUUCCAUGGCGUUCAUUAAUUAAUCAGUAUGGUCCUUAUUUAUUACUUAAUUCUAGUUGGACACUGAUUGAAUAUAAUAUACGUUUAUGUUUAGCUGGACUAAAACCAGUUGAUCGUCCAAUUGUACAUGGUGAAUUGUUAGCAAUGAAUUUGACACUUGAAGAUAUCCUUGAAACUGGAGAUAUACCAGAAGCCUGUGCAGGGGAUAAACUACCGAUUCGACAUGUUGAAAAUAUGCAUUGUAUGCUUGGUAAGCGUACACGAGAGAAAAAACGUGAACUACUGCCGAUAAGUGGUGUAAUGACUUCACAAACUCAGAGCGGAGAACAAAGUGUCAGUCCAAAUCAACUAGGUGGAAAAUCAAGUUCAACUAAAGAAGGAAUGGGUAAUAAUCGAACUGGUUUUCCUGACUAAUUUGAGUAUAUAAGUCUGAUUUUAGAUGAUAAAAAAAAACUCACAGUUGUGCUUAGCAUGACCGCUUCAUCUUUGCAUAUCCUUAUUGAAGUGAUUUUGCUAAUUGUAAAUGAUCUACUCACUGUGACAGAAAAAAUCUACAUUCACGUCCAGGUAAACUGUCACUAACUCAAUAAAUAGUUCCUCAUUUCAGCUUCCUGUUUACUUUUAAAGUUAUCCACUGAGUGAUG